UGGGUAGUGCGUGCAGUCUCGCGAGAGUGGGAGUGGGGCGUGGUCAGAGUAUACUAUAAAACUCUUUUCCUGCUCACGUGACUCCUCUCCGCCAGAUCGCCGCCAUCAUGGACACGAGUCGCGUGCAGCCUAUCAAGCUGGCCAGGGUAACCAAAGUGCUGGGCAGAACCGGUUCGCAGGGACAGUGCACGCAGGUGCGUGUGGAAUUUAUGGAUGACACCAGCCGCUCUAUCAUCCGAAACGUCAAAGGCCCAGUUAGAGAGGGCGAUGUGCUCACCCUAUUGGAGUCAGAAAGAGAAGCUCGGAGGUUGCGCUGAUCUUGCUGUCUAUUUACAGGGUCCUGGAUAUCCACCACUUGACUCAUGGGAUCACCUGCAACUGUUAAAUAAAGCAUAUUGUUUUAA